GCAAUGCUGUAGCAGCCUGUUAAUAGUGUUGGUAAACACGGUUUUUUGACGAGUGGUUCGGUGAUUGACUGAUUGCAAUUUCGAAUCAUGUCGUCACCUCAAAUUGCUAAUGUUUGUCAUUCACAUGAGGAAAUUUACCGCAAUACUCAAGGAGUAAUGGAAAACCAAUCCACCCUGGUUGAAGCAGAUGCUGUCCAUCACAGAUUGUCUAAUCAAGUCAAUUCAGUUAUACAUCUGCCAUACAGAUGCUAUGAUUGCUCACAAUCAUUCUUUGGUUUGGAGCAACUGACUCAGCAUUUCCUCGAAGAGCCUCUACACAGUAAAGAAAUCUGUUUGAAGUGUGAAACUCCCAUAAUUGUUUUUUUUAAAUCUAUGCAGCCAGUCAGACUUCACUCUUGUAUCAAAUCUAGUAUGUGUCACACUUUACCUGACCUUAAUUUCCACAGUCAGUUUUUAUUUUCUAAGCUACAGUCCUCCUGCGAAAUUCCUGUGUGUACUGUCAUUGGAUGUGAUAUUCAAAGCUGUAAAGCAAGUUUUAACUUUUCUGUCAGUGGUAUCUUUAAGUAUUUGAAACAUGCCAGCAAAUAUAGCCAUACAACUGUACCCUGUUGCAAAAAAUGUUUGUUACCAGAAUUUCAAGUGACUGUUGGAGGAAAGAGAAUUAUUUCCCACUACUGCACCAAAACUGGAAAAAUCAUUUGUGUUGAUAAAACUUGAUUUUCACUUUCUAAUCGUUUAAAACUACGAGUUAAAAAAGCUUAUUUAACGCUUGUAACCACGAAAUUUCUAUUUCUACCCUAUUUCUACCCCGUCCCCCAACAUUUGUCACACUCAGCCCGUUUUAUUGUAAUGUUUGGCAACGACGUUCAGUUGUUAAGGAAAUUAUUGCUUGUUUAUCAACACAACCGGGGUAUACGGAAAGGAAAAAUUAGAUACAGACUAUAUUGACCUCUAUUCAUAUAUGGCGUGUUGAAUAAUACAUGUGUACUGUUGA